AAAAAAAAUCAGUGAUUCACAAGUUUGUUACGACGCUAGCAUUUUCAUGCUAAAAGAUGGAAAUUCAAAUAGUGUGUGCCAUAUUUUUGACAACAACCGUAUGGUUUGAAAAUGUACUCUCUUUCCCGAUGUCGUCGAUCUGGUGUCCGCUGGGCAGAUACCCAGCUGAAGGCGGACAGUGUAAAAUCUGCUAUGAAAAUUGUGGGGAAGAGGGAUGUUCGGGUCCGGGUUCGCAUCUAGGACAAGGAGGCUGCAACUCGUGUUGGCUUGGAAUCCAGCGCCACAGAGGCCAAGUUCAAUGCAUGUCUCCGUUCAAAGCCUGUCCUGACGGGUUCUAUCGGAAGUCUACUUCACACAACGGGCAACCUGUUACUGUCUGUACUCCAUGCCAUCCCCUGUGUAAGACAUGUUCCGGUGCCGGCAUAUCAAGCUGCCUCUCUUGUCGCUUCUUCCGAUGGGAUGGACUCUGUGUACGCGCAUGUCCAUUGGGCUCGGUGAUACGUCACGGAUCAGUACGCACCUGUAUGAUCACCGGGGCCACCUAUACCGGAAGAUCAAGUUCCAGAAACUCGUUUUAUUUGGUGCCGUACAGAGACAGAUUUCGACAAGGUCCUUAAACAUUGGACACAUUUCAUAAAUAUUCGACAAAGUCGUUUAACCUGCGACAAGUUUCAUAACCAUUCGACAUGGUCCUGAGACCUAAAACAAUCGACAAGAACCUGUUCCCUUAAACAUUCGACAUGGUCCUGAGACCUUAAACAUUCGACAAGAACCUGUUCCCUUAAACAUUCGACAUGGUCCUGAGACCUAAACCAAUCGACAAGAACCUGUUCCCUUAAACAUUCGACAUGGUCCUGAGACCUUAAACAUUCGACAAGGUCCUUAAACAUUGGACCGACUGUAGAAAAGGACAACAGUUGAGCAUAACAGUGUACAUGUUUAACUUCUAUAUUGUAUACUUAUGACAACCUGUGUCACAGGGUUAUUGACCACAACAAGUGGCUAUAUUUGUCACGCAUGACUAUCAUGUUAAUUUGUAGAGCCGUCAAGAUAGGCUCAAACUCAAGGCACAUAUGGUUACCUCAAACCACUUGAUUCAGUCGUAUAUAGUUUAUUGUUUCACAAUUAUGAGUCGUAAUUUUCGACGAAUUGUGCAUUUUGUAAUGCUACAGUAACUUGGCAUAACGUAUGGCAUAAUUUGCCAUGAAACAAAAUUUGGAUCCUACAAGUUCCUACAUGAUCCAUUAUACACGAUCCUUCAUCAUUCGAGAUCAUCCGCCUUAAAUGAUCCAACAUGACCCAUUCGAAAUGAUCAAACAUGAAUCUAUCCUACUAAACCUCACAUGAUCCAUCAUACAUGUAAAUGAUCAAAAUCGAUCCAAUCUACACGAUCAAUCCUACAUAAUCCACUCUAUAUGAUUCUACAUGAUCCCACAUGAUCCAUCCUGUAUACCAUAUCAGAUCGUACAUUAUUCAUCCUAUAUUGUCAUAUAGGAUCCUUCACAAUCCAUCCUAUAUCAUCAUACCAGAUCCUACAUGAUCCAUCCUACAUUGUCAUAUAGGAUCCUUCACAAUCCACCCUAUAUCAUCAUACCAGAUCCUACAUGAUCCAUCCUGUAUACCAUACCAGAUCCUACAUGAUCCAUCCUACAUUGUCAUAUAGGAUCCUUCACAAUCCACCCUAUAUCAUCAUACCAGAUCCUACAUGAUCCAUCCUGUAUACCAUACCAGAUCCUACAUGAUCCAUCCUACAUUGUCAUAUUGGAUCCUUCACAAACCAUCCUAUAUCAUUAUACCAGAUCCUACAUAAUCAAUCUCACAUGAUCAUAUAGGAUCCUACAUGAUCCAUCAUACAUGAUCAUAUCAUAUCCUAUAUUAUCCAUCCUACAUUAUCAUACAGGAUCCUUCAUGAUCCAUCUAACAUGCUCCUACCUGAUUCACUCUACACGAUCUUACGUGAACUAAACUGAUUCAUCCUGCAUUGUUCUACAUUAUUCUAUAUUAUCCUGCAUAGGAUAUACCACUCUAGAACGAUAUCUUUAUUGAGUAAAUAGUAUAAGUUUAACUGUCAUCAGACACAUUGUAUACCCUGAGUGGUUGGAGAUCAUAUGACAAAGCAGGUUUAAAAGAUAUUUUUCAGUCGGACAUGAGGUAGAAAUGAGAACCAUAACGUUUUUAAUAUCCUUAAAAUGAACGAUGCUAGGAAUUCAAGGGCACGAUGACAACAUAAGACUAUGCAAUCGUAACACCUCGGCCAUCUCCGGUAAACUUCGUGAUAUACCUCGUAAAUAGGUUACAAUAUAUAUGUAUAUGACAAGCCGAUAAGUGAUCAUGUGAUAGGAGCCGGCAUUACUCUGAGUAGACCAAUUCGAUAACGUUAAACAAUGUACUGAAAUUCGUGUCGUAAGAACGCUUUGGAGAAAAUGAACUUACAGGACUGGUAUUGUGUCACUUAUUUUCCAUCCUAAAACAUUAAUUAUGUCCCUUAACGGUUGAAAACUCUUUCAAUACGUUUUUAAAUUAGGAGGCGCCAUUAUGGACUGUUUACAGACCUGUGUUAUGUUCGAGAACUGUUGGAUAAUGGCCGAGGUAUUCCGAAUACACUAUUCAACAACUCAAGCGAUAAAGUGGGACGAGAAAAGUUUUUUUUAACAUAAUUGCCACACUUUCAUCUAAAAUACAGGAUGAUUUUAAUAAGCAUCUGCCUACGUACAUUUACUCUCUUUGCGCCCACCACACAUUUUCUUUCGUCCUGUUGCACAGCUUCGUGGUAAAUAAAGUUGUGGAAAUCGAUUCUGUCCGGCUGAAAAAUGUCUAAACUAUCCACGAAAUGUCUAACGUUUAAAGUAAGUGGUAUGCUUACCGUGGUGAUAUUGGAUAACAACAAGACUUACAAUAGAACUAUUGGUUUCCUAAAAUUGGUAUGUAUGUAUAUACUAUUUAAAAAAAUGCUUUUAUUUACUUUCUGUAAAAAGAACUAGACAUGUGUAUUCAAAGUUUUGCAUUUUUUUGUACUUUUUUAAUUAAAAAUGCAUUAAAGUCCUAAAGAACAAUAUAAAAAAUGCAAUUAUACAUAGAACAAUCAAACGGAAGGACGGAUGGACGGACGCAGCAGCAAAAGAUUGUAUGGGAGAAUGCACGCACGCACGAACGAACGAGCGAAUGAAUGAAAAUACGAAUGAAUGAAU